CCCGAAGGCUUGAAGAGUCCCAGUUCGUCCUUCAAAGCUUCACGGCCCACCACGAAUUCAAGAUUUAUUACAUCGUGGUACACAGAAAGGAGACAUACCUUUGCUCUCAUAGCCUUUCGGUCUCGCUCGGGAAAUCAGGGAAUUAUCAAUCACAAGGGAUUAGCAAUACAUUGAUCAAUAAAAGUCAGUUCACGAUGAACUUGACCUUCUUCUUCUCUCCUAUACAAUGUUGCGAACGACCGUUAUCAAGAGCGCGUAUCGAGCUCGACAGCUUUCGUCGCCCUUUAGUAAUGCAAUAUCGAUUUACAACAGACGCUCUCCGAGCGCUCAAUCCCCGCGUUUCUCCACCACCACAGCUAGCAAACCUUCUAUACUAACUCUCUCCGGACAAACGAUCAUCUUGCUCUCUGCUGCCUCUUUAAUCAGUGGUUUCGCGGGAUAUUCUCUCGCUAAUCGGCAUGACACUGAGGCUGUCCCGCGGAAGCCUCAGUACGGUUCGCGAGAGGACUGUACUAGGGCUGUCGAGGAGUUGAAGAAAACAUUUGCAGAUGAUGAAGAUGCCGUGUCAACGAACGCAGAUGAUCUCUACAGCCACGGAUUUUCAGUCAAUGACCAUCAUCCAGGGACUUCUCAUACCGUCGUCAUGUACCCAACAUGCACUGACAAUGUCGUGAAAAUUGUCAAGAUAGCUACCAAAUACCGCAUCCCUAUAAUACCUUAUUCUGGAGGAACCAGCUUGGAAGGCCAAUUUCGCGGAUACUCUUCCGGUGGUAUAUGCCUCGACAUGUCACGUAUGAAUAAAAUCAUCGAGAUACAUGAGGCGGACUCAGACCUCGUAUGUCAACCUGGUGUUUGCUGGAGUGACAUUAACGAUACUCUGCACGAUCAAGGGAUUCCGUUGUUCUUCCCGCUGGACCCUGCGCCGACGGCGACAAUAGGCGGAAUGUUGAGCACUGGCUGCUCUGGAACGAAUGCUGUCAGAUACGGUACUGGAAAGGCAGAAUGGUUUUUGAAUGCCACCGUCGUACUGCCCUCCGGAGAGGUUAUUAAGACGCGCCGCAGGUCUCGAAAGUCGUCUGCUGGUUUCGAUACGACAAAACUGUUCAUUGGAGCCGAAGGCACUCUAGGAAUCGUGACGGAAGUCACGAUACGAUUGACACCCGUACUUCCAACAACAGUCGCUGUGGUGCAUUUCCCAGAUGUUCGAAAAGCAACAGAGGCAGUCCGCGAAGUUAUGCUUUCGGGCGUUGGUAUUCAAUGCGUCGAACUUAUGGAUGACCUCUGCAUGCACGCUCUGAACAAAUACGGGCAAUCCGAAAAUAGUUGGCCAGAGAAAGAUACACUUUUGUUCAAGUUCCAAGGACAUGAUCAAGCAUCUUUGUCAGAAUCUGGCCGAGUCGUUGAGGAGAUUGUAGCAAGACAUGGAGGAUUCGGGUUCAAAUUUGCGAAAGACGAUCAACAAGCCGCCGAUCUUUGGUCUACGCGCAAGAAUGCAUUAUACGCCUGCCUUGCACUGGUCAAUGGCAGUCGAGCUUGGAGUACAGAUGUUUGUGUCCCCGUGUCUAAAUUAUCUGAACUCGUGUACGAGACGAAGAAAGACCUCGCAUCAACUGGUAUAGUCGCGCCUAUAGCUGGACAUGCUGGAGACGGAAAUUUUCACGCGUCACUUCUAAUCCGUAACGAGGAAGAACUCAGAAUCGCGAAGGACGUUGUUUCUAGGAUGGUCCAUAGAGCCAUUGCACUAAUCAUUGGAACGUUGUCGAUUCUUUUUCUAGGAGAACACGGUGUCGGCAUUGGGAAGAAAGAGUACCUGGUUGAGGAGCUUGGUGCUGGCACGGUAGAGCUCAUGAAAACAGUCAAAAGGGCGAUAGACCCUCUUGGUCUCUUCAAUCCCGGGAAGGUAAUUGGGUCUCGGGUUCAACAGGUUCAACACCCUUUCUGAUCUUCGCUUCCUCUUGACAGCUAUAUCCUGAUGAUUCUGCGGAUGGCAAGAAGGACUGACCUUGUAAGCGAGUUUCUCCCUCGCGUUUCCGCUAUGAGAGCCUAUCCUACAUUGUUCUGAUCCCGAAUUAUGAACUUCAAGAUGAAGGUCUCGAAGGAUAUCCA